AUGUCCAAAGUUCUAAUCGCAGAAGGCCUCGGCUACAACUUACUGAGCGUCAGUCAGUUGAUGGCGAAAAGGAUUCAACUUGAAGCAGACAGCACCACCCAGAAUUCAAGUUGUACCACGGGAGAGGUGGUGUUUAUAUCGGGAAGGCGGUCCUCAAGAACAACGUCUUCUCUGGGCGGCUUCUGGCAUUCUCACACAAUACCUGAAGCAGAAAGAACAAGAGCGUCGGCAGCAGCGGAGAUAACAUCGGCAGCAGCAGAGACAACAUCGGCAGCAGCAGACAUAACAUCGGCAGCAGCGGAGAUAACAUCGGCAGCAGCAGAGACAACAUCGGCAGCAGCAGAGACAACAUCGGCAGCAGCAGAGACAACAUCGGCAGCAGCAGAGACAACAUCAACAGCAGCAGAGACAACAACGGCAGCAGCAGAAACAAAUGUCAACACCAGUCGCUGGUCCCUCAACGGCACCGCUCUUCAUCAACGACACGUCACCGAUACCCGCACAGCAACUCAAACCGGCACCACGAGAAGUCCACCGAAGCGCCAACCUGACUUACCACAUCAACCGUUCCCAUCUCACCACAAUCCCGGCGCUCCGGUCUACGCGCCUCUCGAAAAGGUGUACAGCGACAUCCUGUACAACCGCGCCCCCGGACAGAACGCGUACAACUACACCAUCACGUUCAUCGACGCAGCAACACGCUACGUCUGGCAUCUCAACCUUCCGAGCAGGGACAUGGCCUUCGAAGCUUUCAUCGCGUGGCUUCCCGAAGCAGAAAGGGAAUCGGGCGCCAAACUAAAGAGUUUUCAGCCAGACGGGGAGGGGAGUACACCUCACAGAGGUUCAAGCAGUACUUGGCAGAAAGAGGGAUCAAGAGACUCAUCUCUCUUCCCUACGCCCAUCAACAGCAAGGUGUAG